AUGAAAGCCACAUCCCCGAGUCCGUGUAGCGGCAAGGCGCCAUUUACAUGGACAAACAGCGAGGCUGGAGUGUAUUGGCCCCCCUCGGAAGAAAAGAGCCACUCGCAGUUUCAAGCCAGCCCCAGCGCUACACAGAACCGUGGUUUUCUUUGGCCCUGGACGGGCUCAUCCUGGUUCAAAUCCUGGCCAUUUGUUACGCAUCUAAGCCCAUCCCUGCUCAAGGCAUCGUUCAUCCGUGGCAACUUUUCCCCUAACUCUUUUCCUUUCUAUGGCUCAGGAGCCUCUGACCCUUUUGGAGUUUACCGACAUAGCAGUCAGGCGCAUCUAUCUCAACAUCAUCCGCUGCAAGCAUCUAGACCAGAUAUAGCGCCGUUAUCACCAAAACAAACUCCGGCCUCGCCUGCGCAAUCAACUGCUUCACUUCAUACAAGCUCCUAUCCUCCACUUCACUCUCUGGGAAACGGCAUCCUGCACUCUCACGGCUCAUACGGGUCGCCAACUCAAGAAUCACCCUAUUAUACCACCCACCCAUCUAUAUAUACAACCGCAACUGCUCCAGCGCAGUAUUCUUCUAGUGGGCCAUCUGACCUCAUGGCAACCACCGCUCAAAUGCAGAGACCUCCUUACCCUCCAAUGUAUCACACCCCCCAAUCCAACUCUCCAUCCUCUGUAGCAUCCCAGCCGCAUGAUCAGCAUGGUCGCAACAUCUACGCGCAGUCGUCACAGAUGCCACCUCAAAUGUAUGGAUAUCCACCAUACUCUGUUCAACCGCCAUAUGCGCCUCAUCAAUCACCUCAGUCACACACAAUCACCUCACAGUCCAUGAUGAUGCCCCCUCAGACCAGCACUGCACAGAUGUCACCUCAUCAACCAUCCCACACACCAAGCACAGCAUUAUCCAGCAGCCCAGUCAUGAAGAUGGAUUCGACGCCACAGACAUCAUCUACCCAACGAUCGAUGCUCAACCCGGCCCUUCCAGCAGCUGUCAGCACAAGUAUUCCAGCCGUCACCCAGCAGACUUCACCCCUCGGAACGAGCUCGAGCGCAGCCCCCGGCCCCAUUCCCGCCACCACCCCACUCGUCGUACGACAGGACAACAACGGGGUUCAGUGGAUAGCCUUUGAGUAUUCUCGAGACCGAGUCAAGAUGGAAUACACGAUCCGGUGUGAUGUGGAAUCCGUCAAUGUAGAUUCUCUCAGCCAAGACUUCAAAACUGAGAACUGCGUCUACCCACGUGCAUGUUGCAACAAAGACCAGUAUCGUGGAAAUCGGCUGGUCUACGAGACGGAAUGCAAUGCCGUGGGAUGGGCAUUGGCUGAAUUGAACCCGGCGUUGAGAGGGAAACGAGGCCUUAUCCAGCGGGCUGUGGAUAGUUGGCGCAACAGCAACCAGGACCCUCGGUUGCGUAGCAGACGGGUGCGUCGUCAACACAAGAUGAAUCGUCGCCAGUCGGUACAGCCUGCUACACCUCACAUGACUCCCGUUGGGCCCGUUGGCCAUGGAAUGUCUGGUGGAUCCGGCCAGCGUGGUAGUAUUGGACCUUUGAUGGGCAUGACUCAUCAUCAUGCUCAACCUGAUGGAAGCCCUAAGAUGGAGGAAGUCAGCGGUAUAACCCCUUCGCUACAUGCAGUACCGCGUAGGCUAAUUUCUCCACUUGUGCGCUUUCCCCAUUCUAUAGGCACCACGGACUACAUCAACCCCCAGCGUUCCAUUGAUACAAGCCGUCUCCCCGCACCAUUGGGGGCCACCGAUAUCCGUCCCGCUCAAAUCUUCCAUGAUGCUCACACCAUCCCAUCAGCGACCAGCACCAGCCCCUCCAUGGCGCCCCUCCUCCGCGACAGUGGCCUCGGCUCUCUAGGGCGUCACCCGACCAUCGCAACCUCCAGCCACAUGGCCAGCAUCGUCGACCUUGACGAACAAAGUCCCACCAACGACGACCUCUUCGGCCAGCUACCAGACGGCAAGCGCCGCACCUUCAUCUUGGUCGAGGAUCCCCAGCGCGGCUCACGGGUUCGCGUCAAGGUCGGCCUAGACAAAGUCAAGAUGGACGAGAUCCCGGAUUCCUACCGCAAGAUCAACGCCGUGUACCCGCGCACCUACUUCCCCACUCAAAUGAAAGAUGCGCAAGUCCUUGUUGACCCCAGCAAACGGUUCUUCGCCGAGGACGUUGAGCACAUUGGGGACCCCGAAGACUCGACUGUUGGCCGCACGGCGGUUCCUGCACCCUCACUGGAUGGCGAGCGAGAUAUCGACGUGCCUAAACUUUCGCGCCGUCGACACCGGAAAGAGGUUAUGCUGAAUGACCUGGCGUACCGGUUGAGUUGGAGUCAGAGCCGUGUUUUUGCGGGACGGAUGCUAUUUUUGCAGCGAUCGCUGGAUGCCUAUCGUAAUAAAAUGCGCACUAGUAUGCUUGCUGCGGGUCAAGAAGCAUCGGAGAUUCCUAAGCAUUUCGAUACCCGACGAGGAAAACGCCGGUUCUUGGAACGGGCUCGACAUCUGGAAAGUGAUGCGCCCUCUGCUGCACAACGGAGCGCUGAGGAGGUGGAGGGCUAG